UUUGUUAUUAUAGGUUCACAAAAAAUGCUAAAAGCCGUAUUGAGAAAUAUUAUAUACUUACAAACUGAUAUAAAACAUAUUGAAAUAAAGCAAAAUGAAAUAUUAAAUAAAUUGAAAUCUAUUGAAUCAAAUUAUGGAAAUUUUAAGAAACAGGAUGAUACAAAUGAUGUUAAUGAAUUAGAAGAGUGCAAUUUUCCUAUAGAUGACUUAUAUAAUUUAAAUAUUAUAGAAGAUCGAAUAAAAACAAAUUUUAAUUUUAAAAAAUGUUUGAUUCAAUAUUUAUCAUAUUUGGGCGGUAAUAAUAUUAAUUGUACUAUGAAAAGAAUACUGAUGAAAUUAUUUACUGACAAUUUACUGUCUCUAUUUUCUUAUAAUGGGAAAAAAGGAAAAAAGAAAUUUUGUGAUCUUAUUAUUUGUCCUGUUAUUUUUGAUGCUGUAAAAUGUCAAUCUAAAUUUAUGAAUGUUUCACAAAACGAAUUGGAAAGUAGAAUCAAGUACCAUUUAGCACAAGCACCAUUUAACAUUAAAAAAAAUGAUAAAUUUGGCAUAAAUGCUGCAGCUGCAGACUAAAAUUGUCAAUUAUUGCCAUUUAUUUUAUUUUUAAUUUUCUGAAAUUAACACAUACAUUCAUUUUUCAGA